AUGAGGAACCCAUCGAAAAUCAAUGUGCUGAGCACAGUGACGAAGGGCCUGGCCAUUGACUGGGGCACCGAGUGGGUCAAGAUGGUGCUCGUGGCGCCGACCGUGCAGGGCAGCCUGCGGCCGGCGGUCGAGGUCGUGGUCGACGAACAGAGCGAACGCCGCACGCCGGCCCUGGUCGCGUUCGACCCGCCGCCGGCCGCCACCGGGCGGCUCCUGGUCGGCAACGCGGCCGGGCGCGUGGCCGGCCGCCGGCCCGACGCGGUCCUGCCGGCGCUCAAGCGGCUGCUGGGCGGAUCGCUCGACCCAUCGGCUGCUGCCACGUCAGCACGAUCCUACGCCCGCGACUUUGCUCACCACUUCACGCCCCCGCGAGCGCUCUCCACCGACGAGAGCCGCCGAGGUGCGGCUGUGGUGGAGGAGCCGCUGGCGGGCCGGCGCGUGCGGGUCGAGGAGGCGGUGGCUCGUCUGUUCGAGCACUGCCGCGAUCUGGCCGGCGGCCCGGACGAGGUGGCCGAGGUGGUGGUGACGGUGCCGCCCUACUACACGUUCGCCCAGCGGCGUUUGCUGGCGCAGACCCUGCGCCUGGCCGGCCUCGAGCCGCUGGUCCUCGUGAACGACCUAACCGCCGCGGCCAUCGACUACGCCUCCACCCGCCAGUUCCCCUCCAGGGAGCGCACGGUUUUCUUCGACGUGGGCGCGCACGCGGCUUCAGCCUCGGUGGUCGAGUUCAGGACGGUGGACGGCCAGACCCACAUCAAAGUGCUGGGUACGGACAGCGAGCUCGACGUGGGCGGCUUCGCGUGGGACGGGCGGCUGGCCGGCCACCUCGCCCAGGUCUUCGGCCGCGAUCCCUCUUCCCUCCCACCGCGCGCCCUCUCCAAACUACUCAAGGAAGCACAACUGGCCAAGGAGGAGCUGUCGAAUGCGCCCACGGCCGAGGUGGACAUCGAGAAUCUGUACGAGGGCAGGGACCUGGUGACGGUGGUCACCCACGAGCAGCUGGAGGGGCUCAUCGCCGACCUCCUCCCGCGCGCGGCGGCGGUCAUUGGACGCGCCCUCGCGCAGGCCGGCGUCGCCCUCUCCGACGUGUCCGCCAUCGAACUCUUUGGCGGCGCCGCGCGCGGAGACGAGGCGGCCGUGUUGGGCGCCGCCACCCAACUGAUCCUGACCAAGGACUGGGGCCGCCUCAUCUCCCCCUCCUUCCCGCGACUGGUCGUCAACGACCUCCCGCCACCCAGCGGCGCUGGCGGGGUCGAGGUGGGCGAGCUGGACGGGGAGGCGCUGGAGGAGGUGCAGCGCGGGCUCGAGGAAUUUGCGACACGCGAGCGAGAGUACCAGGAGACGGCCAACUGGCGCAACACCCUCGAGGCCUCCAUCCUCGAACGCAAGAGCCAGCUGGAGGAGUCUGAGGACUUGCAGCCCGAAGAGGUCAGGGAAGAGAUUGUCGAGCUGCUGCGAUCAGCUGAGGAGUGGCUCGAAGACCUGCCCGAAAACGCGCGUGCCGAGGAGGUGCGCCAGAAGUUCACAGAGCUGCAGGAGCGCCUGGCGGAACUCACCGCCCAAACCACGACCAACCAAGACCAACGGCCACGAAGAGACGAGCUCUAG